ACACCUUCAGCGAUGAGACCUUGCGCAAGAAUAACCGAAGUCGUUGUUCCAUCACCAGCUAAGUCAUUAGUCUUGGAAGCAGCUUGUCUCACUAGCUUAGCACCAAUGUUCUCAACUGGAUCCUCAAGCAGCUUGUCUCACUAGCUUAGCACCAAUGUUCCAACUAGAUCCGCAAGUUUGUUCACACCAGCCUAACACCAACGAAACACACUCAUCAUCAUUAACGAAUCAAGAAAGCUAAACACUUGCUGAAACAUAAUCUCAUUAGACUCUCACUUGAAGCUUCUUGAUAGCAGUCCCGUCUUUAUUGAAAUGCAACUGCUUAGCCGCGUUGAUUUUGGGAAACCUUGUUUUCCCUCAGCAAAAGCUUGACUCUUUCCAAAAGGGUUUGUCGAGAGAGAAACAAGAGAUACACUCGAACAAACAGAUAUCUAAAAUGAUCAAACGAUGAGUAAAACGUAGCACUUACUGAAAAGGAUCAAGAGACUGAGAGAGAGUGUGCGUGAAGAAAACUAUGCGACUUGCGUUUAUUAUUAUUCGACAGUAGUUUUGUUUUGUGAUCACGUCUUCAAGGUUUGUGGUUGAAUCUGAGCUGUUAGAUUGGUUAUUCACCAAAAGCAAUGAACUUGGAAUCCUCUAGAACUUUUAUUAAACCCUAACCAACUCUACACUACACGUACGUGCGAGCUACUUGUGAACACUUCGAUCAUCUUUGUUGCGAAAAUUUGAUUAUAAACACUGUAUUGGGCUUUAAAAAAAGUAGGCCCAUUUAAGUGGAUAAUGAUGGAAACAUUAAAGACGGGACAUGUCGAUUUUAAUCUGGUCAUUACGGUUACGCUUUCAUUUAGGAAGGUAAAUAUUUUCUUCUUAAUUCGUUGAAUGUGUAUUAUGGCAUUUACUGUUACCACAUUCUUCAUGAUAUAUGACUAUGUAUAAGAUUUUUAUCUAUAUAUUGCUCCAUUGCCAAAAUAAAUUAAUUUUUCAUCGUUAUCUCAUAUCUGUAUUUAAAUACACACAAGGAGGGCCGUAAAGAAAAGAUCAAGAAGCAAUAAUGAAAGAACAAAUCUUUUGUCAGUUUCUAGUCGUAUGCAUGCUGUUGUGGUCAUCUCAAAUUCAGGGAAAUAGAUGUGAUGAUUCAGGCAUCCAAGCUCUAAUGGCUUGUGGAUAUUCUAUCGCCAAGGAGCUGCCAUCUCCUCCGAAACCAUUAGAUGGUUGUUGCACUGCUGUCCGAAUCAUUGGGAUGAAAUGCGUCUGCGAAAUCAUCAAUAAGGAAAUCGAAUCCGCCAUUGAUAUGCAAAAGCUCGUCAAUGUUGCUUCUGCUUGUGGCCGUCCACUUGUUCCUCAUUCACAAUGCGGAAGUAAGUCCUAACGUAACCCA